GGCUCAGGGCAUGGGGCCGCGGCUCUGGGGCAGCCCGAGCCCCUACUCCUGCUCCUUUCCCUUCCCCAGGCCCAGCCUAAGUGCCCGGACGUCGCGGGACUGGAGUGCCAGCCGGUGUUGGAGGCGGAGCGGCGUCGCCGCCGCACAGGGACCGGUCCCUCCGGCCCAGCAGCCCCCUUCCCCUCACCGCGGACUUUUACCGGACACCAGUCAGCUGGAGCCUCUGGCGCCCGGCAAUCCCGGCCGGAGAGCCUCCUUCGCUCAGAAGCUCAGGUCGCCUCCAGCCCAGGCUGACGUGGGAGGGUGACUCCCUACUGUUCCCAGCACUAUGCCGGGCACUGCGGCGACACUUCGGUUCCAGCUGCUGCCCCCCGAGCCAGAUGAUGCCUUCUGGGGUGCACCCUGCGAACAGCCCCUGGAGCGCAGGUACCAGGCACUGCCAGCCCUCGUCUGCAUCAUGUGCUGUCUGUUUGGAGUCGUCUACUGCUUCUUCGGUUACCGCUGCUUCAAGGCAGUACUCUUCCUCACUGGGUUGCUGUUUGGCUCGGUGGUCAUCUUCCUGCUGUGCUACCGAGAGCGGGUGCUGGAGACGCAGCUGAGUGCCGGGGCGAGUGCAGGCAUCGCGCUGGGCAUCGGGCUGCUCUGCGGGCUGGUGGCCAUGCUGGUGCGCAGCGUGGGCCUCUUCCUGGUAGGGCUGCUGCUCGGCCUACUGCUCGCCGCUGCCGCCCUACUGGGCUCCGCGCCCUACUACCAGCCAGGCUCUGUUUGGGGCCCCCUGGGGCUGCUGCUGGGGGGCGGCCUGCUCUGCGCCCUGCUCACGCUGCGCUGGCCCCGCCCGCUCACCACCCUGGCCACCGCCGUGACGGGUGCCGCGCUCAUCGCCACGGCCGCCGACUACUUUGCCGAGCUGCUGCUGCUGGGGCGCUACGCGGUGGAGCGUCUGCGGGCCGCCCCCGUGCCCCCCCUCUGCUGGCGGAGCUGGGCCCUGCUGGCACUUUGGCCCCUGCUCAGCCUGAUGGGCGUUCUGGUGCAGUGGCGGGUGACCGCCGAGCGGGACUCCCACACGGAAGUGGUCAUCAGCCGGCAGCGCCGUCGUGUGCAGCUGAUGAGGAUUCGGCAGCAGGAAGAGCGCAAGGAGAAGCGGCGCAAGAAGAGACCCCCAAGGCCUCCCCCUAGAGGCCCCCGGGCUCCUCCAAGGCCUGGGCCCCCGGACCCUGCUUAUCGGCGCAGGCCAGUGCCCAUCAAACGCUUCAACGGAGACAUCCUCUCCCCGAGCUACAUCCAGAGCUUCCGGGACCGGCAGACAGGGAGCUCGCUGAGCUCCUUCAUGGCCUCGCCCACAGACGCGGACUAUGAGUACGGGUCCCGGGGACCGCUGACGGCCUGCUCUGGGCCCCCCAUGCGGGUAUAGCAGUCUCUCUGCUCCUGCCCGCCUACGCUCAUCGGUCACCAGCUCUGCCAGCUUGGGGAGGCCCGUUGGGCCAUGACUCAGCCCACCUGGCCCUGCGGCCUUUGGCUGUCUCUUUCCCC